AUGGACUCUGAACAAACUAAACAGCACAGGGCAGAUUCUGUUGCCAUGGCAACAGGAAAAGAAGCCAUUGUGGCUGUCAUUGGAAUCAUGAGUGACCUGCUUGUUUCUUUCCUCUCUUCAUUUAACUCAACCAUGACUGAAUUCUUCAGUGAUAUGAAGGCAGUGCUGGAAAGCCUCAUUGUAAAGGAAACUCCAAUGACAGAACAAAAAAGCCUACCAAUGGGGCAACCAGAUGUUCCUAAUCAAGGAACUUUGGCAUUGGAGCCAGAAAUAUUUGAAAAAGAUCAGCAAUCUGACUCAACUAAACAGAGCAUUACAAACCUGAUAAGUCAGAGCUCAGAGCAUGACCAAGAAGCUGUUGGCAAAAUUCACGUGCUAUCAGGC